CGGGGGCGCCGGACCGGCCGCCCGCGGGGCCCGCCGCGCCCAGGCUCGCAGGAGCAGCCCCGGGGGCUGGCACGGCUUUUUGUCCCUCCUCCCCUCGCGGUUCGCAGAGCCCCGGGAGCCGCCCGCCCGGCCCGCUUGGCCAGCCCCAGACCCUGCGCCCCGGCCGGCAUGGAGACGGGUGGAGAAAGAGUGCGGGGCCCUGGGCGGCCCUCUUCCAGGCCAUCGUCAAUGACAUGAAGAGCUCCUAUCCCAUCUGGGAAGACUUCAAUUCGAAGGCCACUAAGCUGCACUCUCAGCUCAGGACCACAGUCCUCGCUGCAGUUGCUUUCCUGGAUGCCUUCCAGAAAGUGGCUGAUAUGGCCACCAACACCCGAGGGGCCACAAGAGACAUUGGCUCAGCCCUCACCCGGAUGUGCAUGCGUCACCGAAGCAUUGAGACCAAGCUUCGGCAGUUUACCAAUGCCCUGUUGGAAAGCCUCAUCAACCCCCUGCAAGAGAGGAUUGAGGACUGGAAAAAAACCGCCAACCAGCUAGACAAGGACCACGCAAAAGAAUACAAACGAGCUCGCCAUGAGAUCAAGAAGAAAUCAUCAGAUACACUCAAGCUACAGAAGAAAGCCCGAAAAGAGCUACUUGGGAAAGGGGACCUGCAACCCCAGCUGGACAACGCCCUUCAGGAUGUGAAUGACAUGUACCUGCUCUUGGAGGAGACAGAGAAACAAGCCGUGCGCCGGGCCCUGAUUGAGGAGAGGGGUCGAUUCUGCACCUUCAUUACCUUCCUACAACCUGUGGUGAAUGGAGAGAUCACCAUGUUGGGGGAGAUCACCCACCUGCAAGGCAUCAUUGAUGACCUGGUGGUGCUAACAGCCGAGCCCCAUAAGCUGCCCCCAGCCAGCGAGCAGGUGAUCAAGGAUCUGAAGGGCUCCGACUACAGCUGGUCAUAUCAGACUCCUCCAUCUUCCCCCAGCAGCUCGGGCUCUCGGAAGUCCAGCAUGUGCAGCAGUGGUAACAGUACAAAGGGUGGCGCCCCAUGGCCUGGCGGCUCCCAAACAUACUCACCCAGUUCCACCUAUCGCUACCGCAGCCUGGCGCAGCCAGUUAACACCAGUACCCGCCUCUCCAGCGUCUCGUCCCAUGACUCUGGCUUCAUCUCCCAGGAUGCCAUGUACUCCAAACCGCCAUCACCAAUGCCCUCGGACAUCACCAGCCAGAAGUCUUCCAGCUCGGCAUCCUCUGAGGCUUCGGAAACCUGCCAAUCAGUUAGCGAGUGCAGCUCCCCCACCUCGGACUGGUCCAAGGCCGGCCCAUAUGACCAGCCAGUGGCAACCACUCUACAGCGGAGGAAGGACCGAGUAGAGCAUCUGAGGGAAGCGGAAGUGGGCCCAGGAAGCGGGGGCUAUCCCAGCACUGGCGGGGAAGAGACACCUCGACCCAGGAUGUCCCCUGCAACUAUUGCAGCUAAGCAUGGCGAGGAGGUCUCUCCAGCUGCCAGUGACCUGGCCAUGGUGCUGACCCGUGGCCUGAGCCUUGAGCACCAGAAGAGCAGCCGGGACUCCCUGCAAUAUUCAAGUGGCUACAGCACACAAACCACCACCCCAUCCUGCUCAGAGGACACCAUCCCCUCUCAAGGUUCAGAUUAUGACUGCUACUCUGUGAACGGGGACGUGGAAGGCGAGGGGCAGAGUGAGUUCGACAAGUCUUCCACCAUCCCCCGAAACAGCAACAUUGCCCAGAAUUACCGCCGGAUGAUCCAGACCAAGCGACCAGCUUCCACGGCUGGAUUGCCAACAGGCAUGGCGUUGCCUUCAGGUGCCCCACCUGGCGUAGCCACCAUCCGACGCACCCCCUCCACCAAGCCUUCGGUGCGCCGCACUCUCUCGAAUGCCGGCCCCAUUCCCAUCCGCCCACCUAUCGUCCCAGUUAAGACCCCAACGGUGCCCGAUUCACCUGGCUACACAGGCCCCACCCGGGUGGGCAGUGAGGAGUGUGUCUUCUAUGCCGAUGAUGCUUCCUCUCCCCAUGCACCUGAUUUUGCUAAGGCCUCCCCAAAACGGCUGAGUCUCCCCAACACUGCAUGGGGCAGCACCUCGCUGGAGGUGGCCAACUACCCAGGAGCAGGACAGUCUCUCUCAGCUGAGGAAGCUGAGGAGGAGCAGCAGCAGCUGGCAGCCAAUCGCCAUAGCCUGGUAGAGAAGAUUGGGGAGCUGGUGGCAGGUGCCCAUGCCCUGGGAGAGGGGCAGUUUCCCUUUCCCACCACCUUAUCCAGCACCUCAGGGGAAGAGACGCCUAUCCCACCCCCCGCCGCUUCGAGUGACCCUCCGGCCGAAGACAUGCUGGUGGCCAUCCGUCGUGGGGUACGGCUUCGAAGGACCAUCACCAAUGACAGAUCUGCUCCCCGCAUCUUGUGAUGUCGCUGCCACCUCCCCUGCCUCCCAAGUGAGGGAGCCUUCAGGGUCCAGACAGAGCAGCUGGGGCCACAUGAGAGAGGAGUUAGGAGAGAAAAACAAUUGGGAGCCACGUUAAAUAAAAAAGAAAAACGAGAAAGGAGAGAAAAAGAAAAGUUAAAAAAAAAGUACAAGGCAAAGCCACUUUAUGGAUAGAGACACAGAUUUUAGAUUUAAAAAUUUAAACGAGAAAAAAAACAAAAACUUCUUUAACAAACCUUGGAAACAAUGGAAAGCCAUUAGGUCUUGAACUCUUCUGGAGUCUCUUUUAUACUUCGUCUCCUCCCUCUGUUCCCUUCUCUUCUCCUCAUCUCCUUGCCAGCCCUUGCCUUUUGCACAUCUUGCCCCUCCCUAGUGAGUGGUGGGGAAAGGUGUCCCUGGCCAGCCACGAGUCAGGGAAGAUGCCCAGCCCAGGCCUGGGCUCAGUAGCUCCACAGCUCACCCAACACACACACACACACACACACACACACACACACACACACACACACACACACCCUCCUACAAAAGAAGGAAAUGACUCAGUGGUCUUUCUCGAACUCUGUUCUGUUCGUCAUCUCGUCCUCCAGCUGGGGCACUGGGACCUCGCUUGAGACGCUGCUUGGUUCCUCUCAAUCUUGUUCUUGCCACUCUCCUUUGUUCUUUCCUUCCUUCUCAAUGUCUCUGCUCUCUGAAUUAGCCGUGAUGGUAGGAAAGGGAGAAUUUGAGGCCAGUAGUGCUUCAGAGAGUCACGGGGUCUGCCAGCCGAGGUCUUUUUACUUCAUUUGAGGGAGAAGUAAGGCUGGGCAAGGCCCAUCAGGAGGCUGCAGGGCCUCACUUAGGAGUCGCCGGGAGUCAACCCUGACCUUGGCCUUGGUGAUAGUUGAGGCCUCUGUAGCAAUAGGCAGUAUGGUCUCAGGAGCAGAAACCCCUGGCACCAGGGCUGUCAGAGAUGUGAGUCCUUAGUGUUGUAGGGUCUGUUCUAGUCCACACCUUCCUGCCGCUCAUGGGAUGUAUUGGUGGGCACAGGUAGUAAAUUCUGGUGGGGAAGGUGGGAGACUUGUAGGAGCUGAGGAAAACACUGGGAAAGGAAGAGCGUUGUCCAGAGUGCUGUGUGGAGAGACUUGGCCCGUGGAGUGAUUGGGCUUGGCAGCGGCUCCAAGGGUCUGACUUGAGCACCUUGUGACAGUAACUCUGGUGGCACUUUUUGGGUCAGUUUCAGCUAUCCUGUCACCCCAACCCAAGACUUGGGGCCAGGGGCUAGAGCUGUACAGGGGGCAUGUGUGUAGGGAGGGGGUGGGGAUUAUUUUGUUAAUAUAAUAAUAAAGUGAAGGCGACAAUACCUGGGUGAAGAUUGUGUGUGUGUGUGUGUGUGUGUGUGUGUGUGUGUGUGUGUGUGUAUGGGAGGCAUGGCUGUGUGAGUGUGUGUUGGUGAGUGUGUGUGUGUGUGUGCGUGUGUGUGUGUGCUGUGCACACGCAGGUGACAGAAGCAGCUGAAUUGUAGCCGUAUGGGUCUUUGACAGGAAAAGGGAAGUUGUAUUUGUUGUUAGAAAGCCAUGGAGUGGCUGAUAUUCUCUCUCCAGUGUCUGGAGUUUGGCCCAAAUGGUCGGAUGGGCCUGGGGGUUUAAGCUAUAGACCCCCGUGUGGCCCAUGGCAGGGUUAGGGCACUGAGGGAGGCAGGAGACAAGGGGGGGCGAUUAUUAAAAAUUGGCUUUGACCCUCUGGCAACAGAGGAGAUGCCAUCCGUGAAGACCCCCGUCCCAUCCACCGGCUCUAGCCUUCCAAGCCUGUGCCAGGAAGGGGGUGUCCUUGUCUGCCCCCAUACAGUGCCAAAAGGUAUGCCCUAUUCUAGGGCAGGGGUAGGGGCUCGGGCCGUGGAGAGAGUGGCUGACUACAAAAGCUUCAUUCUCUCGUCCCUCCCUCUGUUCCACCACUCCACAGUCUAAACAGGGUAAAAAGCACGUGAGAUUAAGGCAAGAGGAGUGGUUCUUGUGCCUGAGAGGCAAGUGUCAAAGGGGACAAAAAGGACUUGGGCUCCAGACCCAUCGUCACCGCCACCACCAUCUCCUGGAGACGGUGUGAUCAGGGGGCUUGGGAAAGCUGGGUUUUUCCUGCAGUGUCCUUUGCCUUAGGAACCCAAAGACAUCUUCCUUGUGCCAUAAGAUAAAGGGGUCUCUGGAUUCAUGGCAGGAAAACCACUUUCACCUGAAUUCCCUCCCCUUUUCCAUUAGGCACGUCAAAUGACAUUAUCUAUGUUGGGGGCACAUUUUCUCAGGCUUCACGGUCUCAAGAGCCACCCGAAGCAUUUCUGAGCUAGAAAGUGUGAGGGUAGAGAGGGAGCCUGCACCAGGCUGAGGCCCAUGGAUGGCUCAGCUUAUGGGAGGGCUCUGAGGCCAGAGGUUGAGCGGUGGUGGGCGCCGAGUGGCAUGUACUGAAGAUGGCAAGGGGACAGAGAGCAAAGGCUGCUCCUUGGGGCAGAGUAGCCAGUUCAGAAAGCGUUGGGCAGGAGUGUGUUGCGAUGGGCCUGGCAUUUUCACAUGUAAGCUGAUGGUUUGCGGUGGUGUGGGGGUGUGGGACGUGCUGAGGGUUUGCAGCCAGUGAGUGUGGUUGGGGUGGGAAGGGGUGGGGUAGUGUGUGUGCUGGGGGAGGGAGGGUGUAGAGGAGCAGUUUUUGGUGUAAAAUGAUGGGAAGUAUAAGGAGUCCCUCUCCCUCUGUGCCUCCCCUUUUCCCCCUUGCUCCCUUAUAUGCCAGGAAAGUCAUUUGACUGCUCUUCAGGGACUUCAGGGGGGUCUGUUCAGUCAGGGGAUCUUUGCUAUAGCCUGUGUAAAGGUCCCAGCCCCAGCUCCCAACUAUGGGUCUAAAUGUGCUGGACAAGGGAUACUCUGACCCACUGCCAGUGAGGACAUGUGAGAGCUUUCCACUCUCACCCAUUCUCCCUCUUAACCAAUAGGGUUAGGGGUGGCUCACUCCAUGGCUGUGGGGCAGAAUUUUCCCCCUGUGCAAAUUUUACUGAACAAUAGGGGAUUCCAGCUCUGACCUUGGCCUUGCGUUACUUUACUACCUUGGAUUCCCUCUUUUGGGUGUUCCAUGCAAGCAGAGAAAAGAUAUACCCGUGGCCAUCCCAUUGCUUUUCACCAAAACGUCCAGGGAUGCUCUCGUCCCUUGGUUAGAGACAAUGGGAGCCUCCUGUAAGGCUUCGGGUAAGGGCUCUGCUGGGAGGGCUGGCAAGAUACUAGACAGAAUGAAUGCUCUUUCCUCAUCUGCUUCUCCUAAUCUUGCUCUUUGGCCUCUCCCAGGCAGGGAUAAGAAAGGCUCUUUCUUCCAGAAGGAAGAGAAAAGGCCCCCGUCACCCUCUGCAUGCCUUGCUUUCCUGAAGUGAUAAGGGAGGACAAGAUGGAGGAGAAGACCAUGGGAGGGAAAAAUGAGGAGCAGGAGGGAAUCAGGAAAGUCCCAAGGCCUUUGAGGAUGCCCCCAAAUCCUCUUCCCUAGGCCGAGCCCAUCAUCUCCCCACUGCCCCUGGAAGCACCCCUGGUGUUGUAUAUAGAGCUCCAAUUCUGCCCUUGUUUGUGGGCCCUAGCCCAGCCCUGUCCCGUCAUUAGUAAUUAGUAAUAACCACGUAGGCCCCGGCCCGCCAGCCCUCUCUGACCGGAGCCAACAAUACCGCCACAUAGACAAUUUUUUUGUGUGUGUAGUUUGGGGAUUUGUUUGGUUUUAUUUUUCAUUUUGUAUAGAAAAAAAUCCCUUUCAAAAGUGUCUUUCGACUGACGUAACUUUUCUGGUGCUGUUGUUAACCUGUUUCUUUUUUUAAUUUAUUUCCCCUUUUGUCCCAUUCUCUUGUCUUCCCUUUGGCUCCCCUUUCCUCACCUGCUCCCCGACCCCUCCACCCAGCCAUCGUUUCCUUUCUUUUCGUUGGUUUGUUUGUUGGACUUUGGAUAAAUUAUCCUCCUCCCCUCCUGCCCCGCCAUGAUCCAGCCCUUGAGUUGAAUAGUCACUGCUACAAGUAACAAACGCACUGUGAACACUCCAGUAUUAAUAAAAGCUGUACUGUAAUUAACGAA